AUGCGAACAGUCUAAAAGUAACAACGAAGCGAUUAAGUACGGCGGAAGCAAAAACAAAAAUUGAAAUACAUAUUUACUAUAUAUUGUUGUUGUUCAUUUGUAUUUGUAUAAAGAAACGUAUAAGUAGACGGCGCCAAAGCAACAAGGCAAAAAAGAAAUUUAAAGUGAUAGUAACAACUAGAAAAAUAUAAAAAAAAAUUCUAAAAAAGCACGAAAAUUAACUAACAAACACAAAGAAAACAGUGAACAAAAACAACAACAAAUAAUAAAGUUUUGGAACGACCAGAGAAACAAAACACGUUUAACAACAAAAUCUACGCAAAAAAUCGAAAGUGAAAAAAAACAAAAAAAUAUAUAAAAAUUUAAAAAAGCAACAACGAAAUUAACAGCAGCGACAAGUCAGUCAAUUAAGUGUCAAAAAAUCAAAAAAUAAAAAAAGUUAAAAACAAUAACAAAAAGUUUUAACGUCAAGUGUCACAAAAGUAAGAACAACAACAACAACAAUGCGCCCAACCGUAUUGUCAACUGCGAAUGCCAGCGCCUCGGCGGGUGUUGGCGGUGGCGGCGGCGCUGUUGCCGGCAACACCAACAGCAACGGCAUCAACAUACCCAUACACCACGACUACGGCAACGUCGGCGGCGGUGGCGCACACCCGCAAGCCACCGGCUACUAUGCGGAUGCCAAUGCCGGAGCGUAUGGUUCACCACGCCAGCAGCAACAACAAUCGCCACAACAACAGUCGUACCAUCAUCAGCAUCCGCAAGCGCCACAAGCGGCGCAACAACAACAACAUCCACAUCAGCAAAUGCCGCAACAUUUUCAGCAGGGCUUUGGUUUCGAACCGGACAUGGACAUGGAUAUGGAUAUGGACAUGUUCCCACGCAGUCGUUUGGGUCGCAUGCAUGACCCAUUCAGUGGCUUCAACAAUUCACAUUUUGGUUUUCCCCAAUUCAACUCGCUCGGUCGUCGACGUGCCGCCGAUCAUAUGGGACGUGAUGAUGACUUCUUCAAUCGCCUGCCUUCGGAAUUCCGUCAGUACAUACCCGAUGGUUUUGGACACAGACGUGGCGAAAGCGCCACAUUGCCACGCCAACACAGCUCGCAGCAUUCACAACAAGUGCCAGUACAGGGUGGCGGACCCGCCUACUAUCAAUCAUACGUACCCGCUUCACCACCCAAUGGCGGCGUACCACAGUCACCAUCGAAGAAACUCUGCGAUGCCGCCAUACAAACUGAAGAUCCCACUGUGCGCAUGGAGGGCGAUCAAGUCGACAGCGCUGCACCACAAUCGCACGCUGACAAUCUACAACAACAUGGAUUACGCAACACAGUCGAUAUGGGUGUGAAGUCAGCUUUGGAGUCGGAACAGGGUAUACGUGCGCAUUCGGCGCCACCACAAGAACAGCAACAGGUGCCAGUGAAUGGCAAGCGGCAGACACCGCCACCACAGGCCGGACACUCACAGUUCGGCACUCAGACUAGUCCACAUGUGCAGACUGGCAUCAAUGCCGGACAGCAACCACAGUACCAUAAGGCCUAUUACCCGCCACAGCAGCAAGCGCAUCCACAGCAACGACAACAGACGCCACCACCACCACAAACUCCCGGGGGCAGUUAUGUGCGCACUAUACCGAUCUUUGUUGAGGGUCGCUCCGAGCCGAUCAUCAAUGCGCAUAAGGAAAUACCAAAUCAGAAUAGCGCGCCCGGUCAGGCACAAUCCUCGUCUAGUUCAUCGGCUAGGUCAUUUGCGCAACCACAACAACAGUACCAACCACAACCACAGCAGCAGCAGCAGCAACAACAACCGCAACAGCAACAACACCGUCCAGCACCAUUAAAUACUCAACAGCAGCAGCCUCAACAGGGUCCAGCCGCCAGUGGUAUGCCACCACAAACUCCACACACGCUGGACUCAAUCAGCAAAAUCCAAGACAUUCAACGCGAUGUACUCGAUCUCAUGGCGAAAGUUGAGCAGUUCACGGGCACACGUCAAGACAAGGAGUACGUCUAUCUGGACGAGAUGUUGACACGCAACCUACUUAAGUUGGACACCAUCGAUACGAACGGCAAGGACAGCAUACGUCUAGCGCGUAAGGAGGCCAUCAAAUGCAUACAGGCGUCCAUCAAUGUGCUCGAGGCGAAAGCCAACGAAAACACCAAAGCUGCACAACAAGCCGCAGAAGGUGGCGAAACGGCUGAACAGUCCGUAUCGAACGAGGCCGCCGAACCAAUGCAAACAGAUGAGGCUGCGACGCGUAAGAGCGCUUCAAAAGAGAAAGUUGUUGCUGAAGCUGCCGAAACACCUGCGGCUGAGGCCGAACCCGAACCGGCUGAUGCGAAACAAAUUCAAGCACCCAUACCAUUGCCACCACCAGAGGGCAUGCAAGUCGAACAGUCAGCAAGCGCUAGCAAUGUGAAGAGUGCGGAGGCGAAGGAUGUCGCUGCAACGACUGCCGAGGCAAGCAGCAAAGAAGCUGAGGCCAGUAGCGAAGUCGUGGCUGCGGAAGGCGCUGCAGCCGCCGAGGUGUCGUCGCAGGCUGAGGCGGAGUCGAGCAAAUGAUGAUUGCAACAGCGCAGCUCAUCAGGCGCCGUGAGCUCCUCUUCCUACUCAGCCACAUUUUCAAAGCGUUUACAUAGCAUCAUCAAACGAAAGUCCUAAGAAAACUUAGUUUCAUACAUCUAAAUAAAUGUAAAAUUCGUUGUGUUAGAAAUUUAACGAAAAUUUAAGAAAAAAAUAUAUACUUACUUAUAUACGUUUUUA